CUCGGACGCGACUCACCAUGAGCGACAAGGAGCCGCCGGCGACAGCGAACGAGUGCCUGGAGAAGAAGAUGCUGUACGACCAGUGCUUUGACGUGUGGUACCGCGACGUCUUCCUUCAGAACAAGAGCCAAGGCAAGUUAGGGUGCCAGGACCUGUACAAGGACUACUCGGCGUGCAUUGCCGAUGAGCUCCAGCAAGACGGGUCGCUCGUGCAAUCCAUUCGCGGCGAGAUGAACUCGACGCAUGCCGGUCGGUGGAUUGGAAAGGAUUUCCCGACAGAUGCCAAGGCAGAUAACGUACCCAAGAAGAAGUAGACUGUUCGUCCGACAAGGUCUCCCUCUGGCAUGUGCUUGGACUUCGACCGGCGGUGAACCACAACGAUCUCCAAGCCGAGCUGGGUGCACGGUCCGCCGUACUUGAUCACGAAGUGGUUGACCAUGGGGGUAGUGGCAUACAAAUCGACGUUGCGAUUGCAAGAGAGCGUGGGCGCAAUCGACUCCGCUGCUCGCUAUUGGAAUUCCCUGCAGCGUCCGACAUCCCACCUGCCGCUCUGCAGAAUGAGGCUACCUGGGCAAUGACAAUUCCAGCUCUGGGCUUG